AUGGAUUCGGGCGAGCAAAAGAAUCUUGUCCCUGCCAUCAGAAGGGGCAGCUCAGCAAUAGCCCAUACCCCGACAGAGCGAGACGAUGUCCAUCUCCAACGAAUGGGCAAGAACCCGGUCCUCAAGCGAAAUUUUGGCAUGCUGUCCAUCUUCGGAUUCAGUUGUACGAUCCUUGGGACGUGGGAAGGAUUGCUCGGCACCUUCAUUAGGCCCCUGGAGAAUGGUGGCUCUGGUGGCGCGGUAUAUGCAUAUAUCUUUGCCUGGAUCGGCACCGCAUCCAUUUUUGUCGUCCUGUCAGAACUAUCGUCGAUGGCACCCACCGCGGGCGGACAGUAUCACUGGGCAGCCAUGUUGGCAUCGACAAAAUACCAGAAGUUUUUGAGUUACAUUACAGGUUGGUGGACUGUGCUUGGCUGGCAGACCGCCCUCGCCUCCUUAGCCUUUCUAACCGGAACAACGAUUCAAGGUGCGGCAACCUUGGGCAAUCAGCAGUAUGAUGCGCAGCCUUGGCAAGGCACUCUGCUCGUCUGGGCGGCUCUUGUCUUUGCCUUGCUCGCUAAUCUGGCUGGUGGGAAGGUUUUGCCCCGGCUCGAAUCUCUCACCUUGGUUGUGCACGUUCUUGUGUUUCUUCAUUUCUCCAACGGUGGAGGCUUUGCCACCCAAGGCUUAGCCUGGUUUGUGGGCAUGAGUAGCUGCGCAUUCGCACUCGCCGGGGGUGACGCCGCCGUCCAUAUGUCAGAGGAAGUAGAGAAUGCAUCGCGCGUCGUGCCUCGCGUGAUCCUGCUGAGCGUCCUGAUCAACGGCUGUCUCGGCUUCGGCAUGCUGAUUACUCUUCUCUUCUGCGCAUUUGAUCCGAGAGACGUGAUCAGUUCUCCCACCGGUUAUCCCUUCAUGGCGAUCUUCUAUGAGGCAACCAACUCCCGGUCGGGAUCGUUGGCCAUGUACUCCAUCGUACUAAUCAACUACGCUUGUUCUCUCAUCGGCAUGAUGGCCGCAGCGUCUCGCCAGCUGUGGUCAUUUGCCAGGGAUAAAUGUGUCCCCGGCUGGCAUUUAUGGGUGCAGGUCUCGUCAGCCCGGCAACUACCCGUGCAUGCGAUUGUUCUGACCGUCGCCUAUCUCUCCUAUUUGGUCAUCUUCAUCCUCUUGUUUUGCCGCCACAUUAAGGGCGAUAUCACGUUCACGGAUGACGGCAAGUCAACUGCUGUCAAUGUGUCCGGUGGAAAGCUUGUAUGGGAGCCUCUGAGGAUCUCACGUAUCGUUGGAUGA